GUGAAGAGAGGACCCCCCUCUUCAACAUUGUUCGUCCACUUGCUUAGAUGUUACUUGCUUCUAAUCUCCUCUUUCAUCCUCAGCCAUGGAAGACAAGACAGUGGGUACGGACGUGGUGAAAAUUGAACCUCCUGAUGUUGUGUCAGAUCAGGAGGAGCUGCAGGAACCACUGAAAUGUGAACCCCAGAUAGAUUCCUCUGGUGUUGUACUUGCUGGAUCCAUGGACUGCUUGGUGGAUUACAAUCUAGGGACUCAGCUCACAGUGGAGCAGGAGAUACAGAUUGGUGAUGGCCCACCCCCAUGUUUGGAUUAUGACAUGAGUUUCCUGCCCAGAAAGGCAGCCAAGCCAAAACAGCAGAAACUGGCUGGAGAAAGGCAUUUCAGCUGCAGACAUUGCGGCAAAACCUUCCUACGCAGCACUGAUCUGGCAAAGCACGAGAAAUCCCACACGGAAGAGAGGACCUACGCAUGCAAUGUCUGCGGGAAGAACUUCCGUAGACACACAUCCCUGCUGAUCCAUGCGCGCAUCCACACCGGGGAACGUCCAUACCAGUGUACGGAGUGUGGCAAGAGCUUUGUCCAGAGGCAGCACCUCACCACCCACCAGCGCACUCACACCGGCGAGAAGCCCUUUCAGUGUAUUGAGUGUGGCAAGGGAUUCCGGUGGCGGUCAGAGCUGCUGAAACACCAGAAGGUCCACACAGACAAGGUAGGAACAAUGUCAGAUAUAUUUACUGUAAUGCCUUGUGGCUUUUGGGCAGCUUAUGGCUUCACAUUAACGUUGCUGACACCAACAUGUUAAAGUGAGCCAUCAUUUGAAACAUAUCCAUUGGUGUAUGGAAGGUGGGAGGGUUACAUACACUUCAAAUUCACACUGCUGGGCACAUCCAUCCAAUCUUGAUGAUCUCCGCCAAUCCAUAGUUUUCCCAUAGGAAAGCACAGGAUGCUAUUGUGCAUAUGCUCCAAGACACCAUCUAAGUUUUACUAGGCUAUUUCUACAGAAGCGCCCCUAGUGGCUGUCCGUUUGGUAGCUUCCACCAGAAGCUGGAUAGCUCUGCAGUGAAAACAUUGAAUGAUUGUGUUUUUAGAUGCAGGGCUAAAACGGUGGUGGUGGGUGCGGCGGCACCCGAUUCAUUGAGAUACGUCAUCUAGAUGAAGUGGCCUCGGUGCUUAUAAAGUCCUUUUAACACAAGGGCUAAAUUCUGGCUGUUAUCAGGACCCCAUGCCUGAGGCUUAAUAGACCGUUGAGAUCCAAGCUGGUUUACCGUUUGUUAUAAGAACAUACCAUAGUUACAUAGCUGAUGUAACGUUCACUAGGGAACCCUAAAACGCAGACGGGACAGAGUAGAGAGAAUUGCAAUACCGAUCCUUAGAAUGGUCGGGUUAUGCAAAAAGGGAUAGUCAAAACACAAGCCGAGGUCAAGGGAAACAGAGACGGAAUUACGAGAGAUAAGGCCAAAUAUCAGUAACCAAGGAAUCCAAAAUAACAAGUGCCAUAAACCCAUGCUGAUUAUUGCUAAUAAUAAAAUUCUUCUUAAUGAAUUCCUGAAUAUUAUCCCUUAAUAGCCCUUCAAAUACUUUCCGAGUCCCAGACGUUAAGCUCACAGGUCUAUAAUUUCCAGGCAUGGAGUUUGAACCCUUUUUAAAUAUAGGAACAACAUCUGCCUUCCUCCAAUCCUCCAGUAUAAUACCUGAAACAAAAGAAUCUUGAAAGAUUAAAUACAGAGGUUCACUUAUUUCCUCCACUUAGCUCCUUAAGUACUCGUGGGUGAAUACUGUCAGGCCCUGGAGCUUUAUUUACAUUAAUUUUCUUUAACUCCUGUAGCACCUUGUCUCGAGUCAUCCAAUCACAAGUUAUGCAAAUGAUUGCUGCAACAUAUUUGCAGAUAUCUCUUGCCAUAGGAUCCUCAUUUUAUAUACUGAAUAAAAAUUUGGGAACUAAUCUGAUUGCAGUCACUCACGUUGUAAUGUUUCCUGCUUGGGAUCAUACACAGGUAGGAUUGUAUGAUACAUUUCACUGAUAUUUAUGUUUUAGACUAAAAUAACUGAUUUGGAAAAAUCUCAGUGUCUGUUUUUAUUUUGGCUUUUUGUCGUAAGACUUCAAAUUCACCCUGAAUUCCCAAUAAAUCAUGCAUUCGUAAAUAUGUGUUGAGUUCUCUAAUCCUCCAAAUCCUUUGUGAGCUUGUUUCAUACUCUGAAUUCUUGCUUUGAGUUCCUUCCUGCAUAUCCCUUUCAUUUGUGGUUUUGUUUGCUCACAGCCUUCGGUGGUAUUUGAUGAUCUGGCCUCAUCGUUCUCCAAGGAAGAGUGGAUGGAGUUGGAGGAGUGGCAGAAGGAACUCUACCGUAACGUCAUGAAAGAAACCUCUGAGACGUUAAUAUCUCUUGGUAAGUUGGUGGGGUUUCCUCACUUGCUAAUAUAAAUUGGAUUAUUAAGGGAGAGUGUGUCAGGUUACAUAUGCACUGUAGGGGGUAACCCCUAAUUAUAGAAAGACCAAAACACUAAACCUGGAUAUGAAGGGGAAGGAGAUCUGAGUAGAAUUGACUCAAAAUAAACCAUCCAUAGAAAAAAGCAACCCAAAAAUGAAAACUUAACUUUUGUUUACAUAUCAAGUAAAAAUAGACUAGUCUAAAUAUAUAAGUUAAUAGAUCGAAUCGCAAAUCCUCUGUAAAGUCAAAAUUACAUUGUGGAUGAUUAGUAACUUCCUAACCCAAUUUAGUCAGAGCGGAAAGGAAUAUGCAGAAUGUAACUGCUAUUUGGAUAUAUUGUUGCUAAGAGGAGAAACCAAAACUUCUUCAAGUCGGAAAGUGUGGGGGACAUCUGUCCUUCUGAGUUUCUUACAUAACUGUAACAUACAGAGUCUAGAGGGAAGGUAAAGGGGGAGAAACUGUAUCUUACUCCUACCGUGCCUUCAAGGGCACCCCUUAAAAAAAGACUAAUUCCUCCUUCCCAACUGAAAGUUAAGAUGAAAACUGCUUAGCUGAAAUGACAUCCAAAACCCAUUCUAUAACUAUAGUGUAUUAAAGGUCACAAAAACAAAAUUAAGUGAAGUGUAAAAUCUAUAAGUUCAAAAGAUUCAUGAUUAUACGAGCAUAUGGUGGCAAACUUUAGAAAUCAAAAUAAUUGCUGCAGCAUCGUCCCAUGUCUCAUCCGACUACAUGCACCACCAUCCCGACACGCGUUUCGCCACUAACUGCCUCUUCCAGAUUCCUCACUUAGGACAGAUAUAAAACAAAAUUAAAACAAAUCCAUUCUAGUAACGAGGCUGUGGGGAGAACCUGCUCCUUGUUUCUCAAAUCAAUUUCUUGCUUACUGAAAGCUCGAUCCUUCAGACAACCCUGGAACCUGAGGGCAAUCGUGCCAUAUUCCUAGCUGGACCAAGUAUAUCCUUAAUAUUCCCUGUCAAUGAUAUAGCGAGGUAAUCUGUGUAUUGUGUGGGUAUAGCCGGCCUGUCUCCUGGCUGUAUAAUAGCGAGGUAAUCUGUGUAUUGUGUGGGGAUAGCCGGCCUGUCUCCUGGCUGUAUAAUAGCGAGGUAAUCUGUGUAUUGUGUGGGGAUAGCCGGCCUGUCUCCUGGCUGUAUAAUAGCGAGGUCAUCUGUGUAUUGUGUGGGGAUAGCCGGCCUGUCUCCUGGCUGUAUAAUAGCGAGGUCAUCUGUGUAUUGUGUGGGUAUAGCUGGCCUGUCUCAUGGCUGUAUAAUAGCGAGGUAAUCUGUGUAUUGUGUGGUUGUAGCUGGCCUGUCUCCUGGCUGGAUAAUAGCGGGGUAAUUGUGUGGGUAUAGCUGGCCUGUCUCCUGGGUGGAUAAUAGCGGGGUAAUCUGUGUAUUGUGUGGGUAUAGCUGGCCUGUCUCCUGGCUGUAUAAUAGCAAGGCUUUUUUCACAAGCUCCACAAUUUAUACAAUUCCCCAUGCAAGGGGUUUCCUGAGUCCUAUCCCAGGGGUAUUCCCAGAGUGGACUACAUGGGGAACUUAAUGUACAGAUCCUUUCCCCCAUCAGGCACUGCUGCACGAGAGGGAUCCUCCCACUGGAAUGUACCGUUAAGUGGAUUAUCCCUCCGUGCAGCAGAACCGGCAAUUUACUUUAAAAUGUACAGUUUUUCGACUAUUUGGUCUAUUUGCACGAAUGGACGUUCGGUAGAUAGCUGGGAUCUCAGCGCAUCAUUCGUGAGAUUACCGCUCAGAUCCCAGCUAAAACAACCAAACGCCGCACGAAAAACAUAUUCAUUAAAACACACAUUCAAAAGACCGAUUGAAGUAUAGGGAAUAAAAUACUGAACGGCCCGGAACUUCCGAACGGCCUGGAAGUUCAGCGGUGUUCGCGCCGUUGAGUAGCCGUUUUUAGUACCACGCGCUCGACGACCAAACACCACUGAGGGAACAAAGGAUCCAAGAUGUCGAACGACGGCCACCUAGGAGAGCCUCAAACAAGUGCCACACGUUUCUAAAUGUGUGGGCUAUUACAUGGUGGUUAUUUCGGUUCACGAACGGCCCGCAAAGGAAAUUGGCAGAUAGCCAAUACAGGAAAUACAAGGUAUUACAGCCAGCAUACAUUAUACCUAGGCACACACAUACCCCACAACCAUACAGGCAACCCUUAAAGGUACAGUCUCUUUAUAUUGUCCAAGUGGCUAGGUUUGCCACACAAGGUAAUCUGUGUAUUGUGUGGUUAUAGCCGGCCUGUCUCCUGGCUGUAUAAUAGCGAGGUAAUCUGUGUAUUGUGUGGGUAUAGCCGGCCUGUCUCCUGGCUGUAUAAUAGCGAGGUAAUCUGUGUAUUGUGUGGGUAUAGCCGGCCUGUCUCCUGGCUAUAAUAGUGAGGUAAUCUCUAUGUUACGUAGAUUACUGGGGUUUAGGCAGGAGGCAUUGGGUUUGUCAGCUGACACUCAGCCUAUCACAAUUCCCUAGUCAUAGAACGGGGUGAAGAAGGUGCUUUGAUUGUGCACAACAAUAGGGUAAUCCAGUUAUGGGGUUAUAAACAUGAGUUCCAGUGUUUUUUUUUUCCUCUGGAAUUAAAGUCCUCUCAGACUUUAAUUCCAGUGUUUAGUGAAAUGAGUGGAAGGAUUUCAUUCUCUCCUCAUUAUAUCACUGAAUGGGUUUGCAGCAAAUUAUUUUUUUUUUUUUUUUAAUUUGGCCUUUAAAGUAAUAAUGUUAUUUAACUUUACUUCCCCAUUUAUCUAACAGGAAACAAAAUGUUUUCUUAAACUUUGCUUACCAUUCCCAGAAUCUUCAAUGUAACUCCAAAUUAGUCCCAAUCCAUGGCUUUAUCAGAGAUGCUCUCCGCAUGACUUGACACGUUGCAUUCAUUUCCAUGUCUGUGUAUAAAGCAUCCACUGAAGGAUAUCCUUAUAGAGAGAUAAUUAUCAUUAAAACUCAUUUAUUUACUAAAGGAAAAUAGUCAUUUUACAUCCACAUAGAUCACAAUAUCCUAUUGUGCCAAUAAUCUUAUCUUAAGAGUAAUCCGAUGAUUUGUUUCCUUCUUUCUUGAUAUAGCAUUUUGUGUCUCAUUGUUCAAUUGUGCAUUUUUUGUGUUCCAGGAGAAGGUCUGGUGGAGAAAGCCAUUGGUGAGAAGAACGUGGGUGGCCUAGACUCCUCUGCUGGUUUAGCAGCUGACUGUACCGGUAAUUUACCCCUUUGUCCCGAGGGGGCUGUAGCAUGCAGUAACCAGCUGGGUGGGGGGCAAGGCCAGCUUGGACAUGCUUUGGACAUUGCUGAAGGGAAAGCUGCAGCCUUCUCAGAAGGUGUAGACAAAAUUCGGAUAAAAUUUUUAGAUCGUUCAUGUGUUUCCAAGGUUGACAGGGCUCACGCUUGUGCAGAGUGUGGCAAAGUCUUCUACAACAAGAGGACAUUGAAGGCCCACCUCAGGGCUCAUCUUGGGGAGAGGUCGUACAUCUGCAAUGUCUGCGGGAAGUGUUUUCGAAGACACACUUCAUUGCUCAUCCAUGAGCGUAUACAUACCGGGGAACGGCCAUACCAAUGUACUCAGUGCGGUAAGAGCUUCGUCCAACGUCAGCAUCUCAACACCCACCAGCGCACUCACACCGGCGAGAAGCCCUUUCAGUGCCUGGAGUGUGGUAAGGGAUUCCGGUGGAGGUCAGAGCUGCUCAAACACCAGAAGAUCCAUGAGCAGGAGGUAUGUGCAAUGAAGCUGCUUCUUUACUCUUUUCAAAGAACGUAGAACAAGAGGGAGGAUGAUGUAUUUUAUGGCAAAACCUUCACUUAGAAAACAUUAAAUGGACAUGCAUCACUUGACAAUUAAAGGGAAACUAUAGUGCCAGGAAAACAAAGUUGUGUUCCUGUCACUAUAGGUGACAUUAUAAAAUGCUUUCCUAUUGUGUUUCGGAUAACGCUGGAUGUCCUCAUGCAUCUUGCCUUUCAAGGCAAUUUUUGCAGUUUACCACUGCAGGGUUAAGGUACCUGGGACACUGC